UUGCUGCUGCCCUACAGACAGCCAUGUGCUCCGUCCUCCAGCUUGCAGUGCUGACCCUUGUUUUCUGCUCAGUCCACAGCUUUACCAUACAGGCUUCACAAGAGAAGAGUGAUGAAGCCUCUGGUAACAGCAUCGAUGAUGAUGAGUUCUCAGUCUCAACGCUGAUUGAGAAGGCCAACGCUAAUGUUGGUAAGGACGAAAACGACCCAAAGGUGAUGUUUGGAGACAUUGCGGUGUACACCGGCCUGCAGAGCGCUGAUCCCUGCACAGCCAGAGGCUGCCUGUGGCCCAAAUCAUCUGAUGGCAAUGUCUACGUGGCGUACCGCAUCUCCAACCAGUACUCCCAAAGGGAGAGAAACACCAUCGUCCAGGGCCUGCGGUCGUUUUCCCGCUCCACCUGCAUCCGCUUCACCCCUCGGAGGAGGCAGAGGGACUUUGUGGACAUCCAGUCCCGCUCAGGGUGUUUCUCGUUCGUCGGCCGUCGUGGCAAUGGCCAGGUGGUGUCUCUGAGUCGCAGGGGCUGUGUUUUCCAGUCUGUCAUCCAGCACGAGCUCCUCCACGCUCUGGGCUUCAACCACGAGCAGACCCGCUCCGACCGGGACCAGCACGUCCGCAUCCUGCUGCAGAACGUCAUCCGUGGACAAGAGCACAAUUUCCGGAGGAUUCGAAACAGCAGGAACCUCGGCACUCCAUACGACUACAACUCUGUCAUGCACUAUGGAAGGUUUGCCUUCUCUAGCAACAGACAGCCCACCAUCGUGCCAGUCCCCAACCCAAAUGUAGCCAUCGGCAGGGCCAACCAGAUGAGCCCUACUGACAUCCUGAGGGUGAACCGCCUCUACGCCUGCAAUUCAACUGCCUCCUUAACUGACCUGUACCUGUGAAGAAGACAUUUAAUGAUGGUAUACAAAGAGAAGGAGAUCUGACUGAAUAAUCAAGAAGAAACAAGGCAGUCUGCAGCUUUUUUUUUUUUUUUAAACCAGCAAUUUAACCUCAAGAGCCUCAAAUCAGACUGCAUCUGUGCUUGUGCUGUAAUGCAGUUUAGAUUUUACUUUAAUUUAGCGAGACUAUUGUCAGUUUUUGAUUUUUCUUUAGCUGCCAUAAUCACACAUGAAGUGUGUGUAUGAAACAAUUAACCGAAGAUGCUUAAAUUUCAGUUUCACUUCUUUUGAUGGCCACUUGAUGACUUGAUU